GGCGAGUGAGUGGGUUAAUGAAACGGAUGUGGCUAUCUGAGCCCUGCUGGUUACUCAUGUUGUCACAUGUGAGCAUCCAAUUGGCUGCAGAGAGAGGAAGUGGAGAAGGAUUGAUCUCAUGGAGUGGUCUUUAGGGGUGAACGAGUGUGUGAGUGGGUUUCCUUCUGUCUGCCAUUGCUGUUUUAAGAUGUGUGGCUAUCAUUCUCACACCAGCAUCUGCAAACAGACGACGAUUGCAUGAGGCGAUCAGAAUGACCGCAAAACUGAACGUUGACUCUUGCAAGUUCCUGAAUAUAUGUGUUGUCAAAAAGUUGGAUUUCAAUUUCACUCUUUCACUAUUUUUAUGUAUUUUUUGGCUAAAUGUGCAUAAGUGUUUGGUGUAAUGAUUUUAUUCAUCAUAAGCACCUUUGUAUUAGUGCAAGCAGUUCUUUAGGCAGCGACUUGAAGAUUGUGAGUUCAAAUCCCAGGACUGCCACCGAGCCGCCGCUGUGUUCAUGAGCAAGAACUUUCAAGUGCUUACAUCUAUGCUUAUAUUGGCUUCCACCUCACUUGUCUGUGAAGAUCGGCAACAAGAAAAAUGUCAUCAAAGAUGCAGAGCUCGAAUAACAUUGCUCAGGCAAGAAGAAUCGUACAGCAGCUACGGAUAGAGGCAAAUAUUGAGAGAAUAAAGGUUUCUAAAGCCUCUGCAGACCUUAUGCAUUACUGCAGCGAGCACGCCAAGUACGACCCUCUACUCAUGGGCAUCCCGGCCUCAGAAAACCCUUUUAAGGAUAAGAAGCCCUGCACUAUACUGUAGUGGAAAGCACUAAUCAUGUGCUCUUUAAUUCCUCCUUUUUUAUAGAGAGAAUAUUUUACCUUAAAGCAUUCAUACACUAGUCGCCUUAAAGUCAGCUAACCUCAUUCUCACUCUUCUUUUAUUCUCCUGCCCUCCAGGCUAGAACAGGAGUCUACACUUGAAACAUAUUCAGUUCAAUAUUCACUUCAUUCACUUCAUCGUUCUAUUCAAGAAAACAAGACCAAAAACCUCUAAGCAAACAAGUUUUAUGGUGCAAUGACAAAGCUUGUGAUAGGAUUAUUUCUUUUUAACCCCACUAUUGAUCGCGAGAACUGAGAAGCUGUUUGCUGUGAUUGUGCUAUCUGAUGUGGUCUAGACCAGACAGUUUUGCAAAUAAAGAAGAAGAAGAAAAAAAAUCUCAGUUGGGAAGUACCCAAACAAAGAGCACUACUCAUCAAGGCCAAUUCCGUUUUCUUUGAUCAUCAUGCCCCCUUAAUGUCUCAGAUCUGAUCAGCAAUGCUCAGCAGUAGUGCUCUGACUCUGUGUUUUAACAUUCACUGGAGCUAAAGAUUCAGCCUUUCACCUUUCAAGAAAAGUGAGAGGAGUUCAGAGGCUCGAAACAGUGAUCUACAUGUCUAAUAAGUUUGUUUUUAUUCAUUCGGCAAGUGCGUUUAUCCAAAGUGUCUUGCAUAUGAGACAAAAUAUAAUUCGAGCAUAAAACCAUCCAGUUAGCUGCUGAACUAACACUGUUCCACAUAGUCAUAAAUCAAGGCAACUGGAUUUACGGUUAAAGUGGUUUAUUCUUUAGCGAUAUUUUAGUAAAAAAAAUCUAGUUUUCUUUAGUGUAAUGAAGUCUGCAUGCCUAAAUCAGCACAAACCCACUACAGAAGCAGAAUAUGUCCAUAUUAGACACCUUCAGACGCUGGACCAUACCUCGAGGAGUCAGAUGCUAAGAAAAAAGCUAAGAAAAAAGUGAUUCCGUUUUCCAGGUGGGUGCAACUAGGGUUAAUAGAUAUGUGACAAGAUUUUUCCUAAUUCGUAGUUACCUCUGUAAUACAAGAUCAGAAAACACAUAAUCAAGUGUGUUUGAGAUAACUCUAUUCUGUGAGUGAGUAUGUGACAUUGGACCUCAUUUAUCAAGCUGGCAAACAAAUAAAUCCAUAAACCAUUCACAGGAGCAUUCCAAGAAAUGCUGUAGUCCUAAAAAUCCAGUUAGUUCAGAAAAAUGUUCGUAUCGUAUGAGCUCUUGAGUUUGUAAACUUACAUGUAUUAAAUACUAAGCAGAACCUCGAUUGAUAAGGCUAUGGUUUGAGUUGCUGCGAUCUUAUACACUGAUCAUGUUGUCGAGUUUAAAUAGCUUAUUUACAACUACACUCACAAAUUUCAUUAAGAAUUACUCCAGUGACUGUUAUUGUGAAUUUGGACAUUCCAUCUUUACAACUGCGAUUUGGGUGAAAACCCUCCAUAAUGCCAAGCAGUUUUUAAUGUGUGUAUGUGAGUUUAUUUUAACAUUAAAAAAAAGAAUGCUUAAUGUGUGUAUGCUCAUCAUAUGGCUGGCUGAAAACUAGUGAAGGCCUUAAUCAAGUUUUCCUGCUCUCACUCUUGCUACUCACUUACACACUCAAGGGUUCCUCUACUGUGAACUAGCAGCCUGCAGUCCUACACACUGUGCAUCAUCAAUUCUCAGGACAAAUGGAGUAAAGCUUUUAGCACAUGGCAAUUUUGAGAAAAAAAAGAGAAAGAAUUGUUUAUCACAAAUGCUGACACGGGCAGCAAUAAAUAGAAUCAAGCAGCUUUCAACAGUUAGCCAUGUUAACAUCUGGGGUUUAAUGGCCUACUGACAGUGCUAUAAUGAAGGUUUUGUGAAAAUGUUUCCUCUCAUAUUAAUUGCUUAAAGAAAGCAAAUCCAUAAAUUAAGAAAAAUAAGGAUAGCCAUUCAAUUAAGACAAAAGAUCAAUUAAGAAGGUUCUGUUGGAUGAUUUAGCACACUCCAUGCUAGGAUGCGCUCUCACCAUUUAGUCACCAUUUUGUUGAGUUUUGUGACAUCACUAAAUGUAUAUCAGACGUGCUGUGAACACACCUGGUACUUUACUGGUGAUUGCCGUUCAUGUGAGUAUGAAGAUGAACAAGAAGUUACCGAAACAUUUAUGAAUCUGGCAGGAUUUUUUUUUUUUAGUUUGGCCUAGGAAAACACAACUUUACUCAGUGAUUGAUAAAUGAGGUCCUUUUGAUACAGACUUGUCCUGGCUGAUCGAAUACAUUCUGGGGUAAGGGGAAAUUGUGUAUGUUUUUGCUCAAACUAAUGUUUUAAGACUAUGUUCAUUAGCCUUGGCAUUUUAUGUCUAUUCAGAAUGAUGUGGAUGACCACAAACCUCCAUAUACAUAUGCAGUCAAGUUCAGGUGACUGAACUUGUGUUGCGAUAUUAAAGCUGUUUCUAGGGCAAAUUGCAAAACCAGGGCCUUAUUGAAUGUGUGCCAUUCUGGACUGGUUUUAAAUUAGCUCUACAUACUCUUAAAGCUUUAACACAAAUCCAGUUGCCUUGUCUUAAUACUCUUAGACAGUGAAAAUGACCCAGAUAACCCAGAUGAGUCCUGUUGCUCAUUGUGGAGGAACCUGUGGCGUCACUCUGAUGUAAUUUGUCCUCAAGAGCACCGGCAUUCCCUCUUUAACUCAGCACAUGUGAACAAUGAAGGGCUUCACAUAGGUCAGUGAAAGUUCACCUCCUCUGUCAGAGCACUAAGCCAACCAUGCUUUCUUUUCACACUUCUCUUUACAAAGUUGCCAAAUCCCCACACAUCAGCUUUUCCACAGCGCAGUGGAAAGCUCUCUUGUCUUUUGCAUACAGCAAAAAUGAGUGCAGUGCGGCAAAAAUGAGAAAAACCAUCAUUACUGUUCAGUGGUAUUUUAGGCUUCCAUGGAUUAUAUUUCAUAACCUCUGCCAAAAGCAUGUUUGAUAAGUGAGAAGCAUGACCCGAAUUCUCCUGCUUACCCAGUUCUUGUCUAUGCCUUAGAAAACCUUAGACUUUUGUUGUUGUCCUGUUUAUGGUAGAUACAGUAGCAAAAUGUAUGAUUGCAGAUCAUGGUACAGUAAUAUAUUGUAACCCUUUAAUGAUUAUAUGCCUUAUUUACAUGUAAGAUGCUUUUGAAUGUUUUGAUUUCUAGUGAUAGUAUCUUCUUCUGAAUGAUAAAAUCUGUAACUUUUUUGUGCUACCCUGUCACGUCCAGUCUAGCCAGCAACAGUAAUGUCUAUAGAGUCACUGCCAGUGCUUCUCUUUUUUAAUCUAUGCUGAGCAAACCAUAGACGAAUAAUUACUCCAGUGACUGUUAUUGUGAAUUUGAACAUUCCAUGUUUACAGCUGCCAUUUGGGUGAAAACCCUUCGUAAUGCCAUGCAGUUUUUAAUGUGUGUAUGUGAGCACAUUUAUAAACAUAAAAAAAGAACGCUUAAUGUGUAUGCUUAACAUAUGGCUGGUUGAAAACAAGUGAAGGCCUUAAUCAAGUUUUCCUGCUCUCACUCUUGCUACUUACUUACAUACUCAAGGGUUCCUCUACUGUGAACUAGCAGCCUGCAGUCCUACACACUGUGCAUCACCAAUCCUCAGGACAAAUGGAGUAAAGCCUUUGGCGCAUGCCAAUUGAAAAGAAUUGUUUAUCACAAAUGCUGAUAUGGCCCAAUAAACUGAAUCAAGCAGCUUUCAACAGUUAGCCAUGCUAACAUCUGGGGUUUAAUGGCCUACUGACAGUGCUAGCAUGAUUAAUCAAACCUUGUCAAGAUUUGGACUGCAGUCACAAACACAUUCAAUUCCAAUGACAGUAUGUCAAGUAUAUAUAAUUGAAUUUGUAUUCUUUAAUCACUAAGCAGCCUUGCACUGUCUGUUGAAUAAUGUUUUAUAGUAUUUCCCUCUAAAGAGUAUUGAGAGUAUUUUUGUUAGGAUAUCCUGUUGGUAAUUACACAGCAUAAUCAUGCGUUCAUCCCUCAAGGUGAUUUUGUAUGGAACUCUUAUGAUGACUCGCUCAAGCUUUUUGCCUUUCAAAGACAAAGAUUGUCUGAAUAUGAAGUGCACUCAUUCUCGCCAUUUUGUGUGGAUCGUUCUUCUCAAAAGAAACUUUGACCUGUGAAAAACACCAGAGCUUGAUUGCAAAUUCUGAUGUUACAAAUGUCCUUUUUUUCCAGUUAAAAUUAAAUAUAAUUUUAUUCGCAACA